AUGGCGGAAACACUGCUCUUCAACAUCACAGGCCUAGUUCUCUCUAAACUAAGCUCCCUUGCUCUUGAUCAGCUCACUCUUUCUUGGGACACCAAAACCGAGCUGAAGAAACUCGAGAACACCCUCUCCACUAUCAGAGCUGUACUUCUCGAUGCGAAUGAGCAACAAGCGACCAACAAUGAAGUCAGAGACUGGCUCGAAAAGCUUCAAGAUGUUGUCUGCGAUGUCGAUGACUUGCUCGAUGAUCUUUCAACUCACCUCUUACUCCGAAAAUUGAAGUUCCAAACCAAUCUUCUUCAAAAGGUAUUGAUCUUUUUCUCGUGCUCGAAUUUGAUUGCAUUUCGAUUGAAGAUAGGUUAUGAAGUGAAGCAAAUUAGCGAGAGAUUAGAUGAGAUUGCCUCUAAUAAGAGAAUUUUUCACUUUAUAGAACAAGUUGGAUCGACCCUAAUUGCAAACAAAGUGAGGGAACAAAGUCAUUCAUUUUUGAGAGCAUCGGAUAUUAUUGGAAGAGAAAAUGAUAAAGGGGUUAUUGUAGAGCUCCUGCUGAGCUCUACUGAUAAUCACGACAAUGUUUCGGUCAUUCCUAUUGUUGGACUUGGGGGCCUUGGAAAGACUACUCUUGUUAAAUUGGUGUAUAAUGAUGAUAGGGUUGUGAAGAACUUUGAUUUAAGAAUGUGGGUGUGUGUUUCGGAAGAUUUCAAUCUCAAGCAGAUCAUAGAGAAAGUUGUCAGAUCCGCAACCGGGGAGAGCUUUGGCCAUCUAGAUAUGGACCAGAUGCAAGCUCGCUUGCGAGAUGUUUUAGAUGCCCAAAAAUAUUUACUUGUCUUGGAUGACGUAUGGAAUGAUGAUUGUAAUAAGUGGAUGGAAUUGAGAGAUUUGCUAAUUAAUGGUACUAGUGGAAGUAAAAUUGUCGUAACUACGCGUAGUAAAACUGUUGCAACAAUUACAGGCACGGUGAAUUCCACCUACAAUUUGAGGGGUCUUUCUGAUGAUGAUUGUUUCUCGUUGUUUUUGAAAUGUCCAUUUAGGGGAGAGGGAAAUUGUCACCCUAAUCUUGUGGAAAUAGGGAGGGAAAUUGUGAAGAAGUGUAGUGGAGUUCCUUUGGCUGUCAAAACGUUAGGGAACUUGUUAUAUAUGAAGAAUGAGGAGCGUGAUUGGUUGCGCAUAAGGGAUAAUGAUAUAUGGGAGAUGGAGCAAAAAGAGAAUGAUAUUUUGCCUAUAUUGCGUUUGAGCUAUGACCAAAUGCCAUCCUAUUUAAAGCAAUGCUUCACUUAUUGCUCAAUUUUUCCGAAAGGUAACGAAAUACCAAGGGAGGAAUUUAUAAAUAUAUGGAUUGCACAGGGGUUCAUUGAGUCGCCCAAGGGAAAUAGGCAAUUGGAAGAUAUUGGGAAUCAAUAUUUCAAUGAGUUAUUAUCAAGGUUUUGCUUUCAAGAUGUAGUAGAAGCAUUUGAUGGUGAAAUAUUGGCAUGUAAAAUUCAUAAUCUUGUACAUGAGCUAGCGCAGUCAGUGGCAGGUACAGAGUUCUCAUAUGUGAAGUUUCAUACCAAAGCCAUAACUGAAAGAGUCCGGCAUGUAUUGUUUCAAGAAGAAGAUUUUUCAGGGAAAGAACUUCCUGAAUUUUUACUUAAAGCAAGAAAUAUGCGGUCCUUUUCUUAUUCAUUUAAAGCUGGAUAUAUUGGAAAAUCCUUUGUUGAGACCAUUACAUUGAAUUUUAGGCACAUGCGUGUGUUAGUACUGAUUUCACUAGAGCUUGAGGAGUUGCCAAGUUCCAUCGGCAAGUUAAAACAGUUGAGGUAUCUUAACCUUAGCCGCAACUGUAACAUUAGAGCUCUUCCAAGUUCAUUAUGUGGGCUUGUGAAUCUGCAGACUUUGAAUCUCAUUAACUGUGAGCAACUUCAAGGUUUGCCCAGAGACAGUGGGAAGUUGGUUAACCUCAAAACCUUAUAUUUAACUUCAAAACAGAGGUUUUUACCAGAUAAAUGUCUCCAAGGCCUCAAUUCUCUUCAAUGUUUGUUGCUUUACAAAUGUGACUGCCUAACAUUACUGCCAGAAGGAAUGCAUCACCUCACUGCUCUACGAGUACUGCGUAUUUAUGAAUGCCCAAGAUUAGCCUCUCUUCCGAGCAGUAUCAAAUAUCUGACUGCUCUAGAGAAGUUGUGGAUUUGGGAUUGUCAAGAGCUUACUUUGUUGGAAGGGGAAGGCAUGGAAGGCCUAACCAGCCUACAAUCUCUACUUCUAAUGGGCCUCCCAAAGUUAAUUACUCUUCCCGAAGGACUUAAAGAGACAGCUGCAAGUAAUCUCCAGUAUUUACGUAUAGCUAAUUGUCCAAGUUUGACAGCAUUGCCAGAGUGGCUGCAAACCUUCACGUCGCUUCUAAGGCUCUACAUCGAUGAUUGCCCUAAUUUGUCAUAUUUACCAGAAGGAGUGCACCACCUCAGCGCAAAAGUGCACAUUAAUGGGUGUCCACAGUUGAAUGGACGAAACUGA